AUGGCUGGUAGAAGGCUGUUAGACUUGGCGUCGCUCUUCAAUGCAUCCCGAGGCGUUGCACAGAAGCAUGUUGCUCUUAGAGCUCGACAAUUAGAUGUCUAUAACAGGACAUCAACCAUAUCUAGAGCUGUGCGAAGCCAAACCGAACGAGUCACUGAAACUGCCAAAGCUGCGUCUAUUCUUGCCUCGAGACUCAACGAAAGUGCGCCAGCUUGGACAUAUGAUAUAAAGGAGGACAAUGUUACGGCGUCAGGCCAGAGGGAGGAACAGCCGAUUCCAAGUAAAGAAUCCGUCGAAGGAAGUCCAAGUCACGAAGUAAAAGAGGGCAUAGAACAAGAUCAUCAUUAUGAGCAAUCUCCAGCGAAUACACCCACGGACUCGCCCCCCGAACAAGACCUAGAUGUCCACCAGGAAAAGCCAGAUCGAUACCCUCUCCCAGAUGGAACCAUACCGCCAGAUGAUUUCAGUGAAGCUGGCAGAAGCAUAGAUACAGAUACGCCUUCCAUCAGGCCCAGAGACGAACCCUCGAAGGAGCCAUUGGAGCAUGACGGGCUGCACCCCAAAUCUUCUGGCAGCUCGACCAUUCCCGUACCGUCCCAGACUACACUUUCCUCAAAAUCAGCUAGGGUUGCGCAAAGAGACGCUGAGUUUCACAUACCCUCAAGAACAGCCGAUGCUCUCGAUAAUUCUGUGAAGUCGAGCGAAGGUCAUGAUGAGGAUAGCUUCAGCAAGCUCUCCACCCACACCUCCACCACUCUCUCCUCGUUACCACGUGCUAAAAUACCUAAGCACUCCUCUGAUGUACAGGAACCAGAGAACCCUGGAAAGGCGACUUUAAAUCCAGAUACCUUUUAUGGUGGAGCUAAAUCCGAGCCAGUUGCGGUAGAUGAAGAAAUUCCAGAAGGUGUUAACUUGGACUUGUUCCAUAAUCCUCGUAUAGCCCGAAAGCUGGGCGGUAGAGUUCAAAAAGGCGGCAUCGGUCUAGAGUCCAGUAAUAGCGCGAAAAAACCUCAAUUCGCUUCUUUCGGCCAUCCUCAGAAUCUGGUCAAGGAUGUCCAGGGGAAACAGGAGGCUGCAAGGUCGGAGACCUCGGUCGGUAAUCUCAAGGAUCUUGCCAACGAUAUUUCUCAGGAUGUUGCUGUCAACAAUAAGAUGGAAACACCAACUCAAGCCGCGCCCUAUGAAUUAAGAGAGUCAAAAGUACCGUCCUCGAGAAUUGGACGACUCUGGAAUUAUGGUGGGCUCGCUGCCGGCAUGUUUGGAGGAGCUAUUACUGAAAGUCUUCGCCGGGUUGGAGGAGGGGGCGGCGAAGGCUCAUACAUGCUUAGUGCUGGCAAUAUGGAAAGACUUGUUGCCAAGUUAUCACGCAUGAGAGGAGCAGCUUUAAAACUUGGCCAAAUGAUCAGCUUUCAAGACUCCAAGAUGCUUCCAGCUCCUAUCCAGGAAGUCCUGCAAAGAGUGCAAGACCGAGCAGAUUAUAUGCCUGCUUCACAACGAAAUAAAGUCAUGACUGCCAAUCUGGGUUCUGAUUGGAGAGAUCUGUUCUCAAGUUUUGAUGAAAAGCCAAUAGCUGCUGCGUCGAUCGGACAAGUUCACAGUGCUGUACUCAAGUCCAAUGGCACUCGAGUUGCCGUCAAAGUGCAGUAUCCCGGAGUCGCUGGAUCUAUUGACUCUGAUCUCAACAACCUAGCAGUCCUACUUACUGCGUCACGGUUACUUCCUAAGGGUCUAUUUCUCGAUAAGACCAUUGCAAAUGCGCGUACAGAAUUGGCGUGGGAGUGUGAUUACAUUCGUGAAGCUGCAUGUGGUCGUCGUUUUCAAGAAUUGCUUGCCGACGAAACAGACACAUUCGUUGUCCCAAAAGUUUUCCCAGAAGCUUCUGGGCAACAAGUUUUAACUAUGGAGUUCCUUGAUGGCAUUGGAGUCACUCGAGUCAAAAGCUUUACGCAGGAACAGAGAGACUGGAUUGGCACUCAAAUCUUACGUCUUUGCCUGCGAGAAAUUACAGAAUUCAAAUACAUGCAAACGGAUCCUAACUGGACGAACUUCUUGUACAAUGCAGAAACCAACAAACUUGAACUUCUCGAUUUUGGAGCUUCUAGAGAAUACCCAGAGGAAUUUAUUACUCGAUACACGAAGCUGUUAGCGGCAGCUUCCAUUGCUGACAAGAAAGUUAUACGGGACUUAUCAAUCGAGCUUGGAUAUCUUACCGGCCAGGAAUCCAAGGCAAUGCUGGACGCACAUAUUGCGUCAAUUCUAACGUUGGCGGAACCAUUCAUAGAUUCUUCGCCUGAGGUCUAUGAUUUCAAAGAUCAAACUAUCACCGAAAGAGUCAAGGCGUUGAUUCCGGUCAUGAUUAGGGAAAGGCUAUCACCACCACCUGAAGAGACAUACAGUCUGCAUAGGAAACUCAGUGGAGCAUUUCUGCUAUGUGCUAGACUGGGGAGUCGUGUACGAUGUCGAGAGUUGUUCCAAAAUAGCAUGAAAAAGGCGGGUCUAGUACAAUAA